AAACCCCCCGCGCUGAUCGAUCUCGGUCCCUUUUCUCGUCUCCGAUCCCUCCGCCGAUGCCCACUUGUCCUCCCUUACGCACACCAUGACCUCCCUCAAAUUCAUGGUGUCCUCUCUGGACAUCAUUGCAGCAAACUCUGGCAGGAAUAAGCAGUUGGCCGAACUUGUCCAGAAGGCACUCGCCGCCGUCGAGAAGAACGAGAACGAGCUGCCAGAUCCCGAAGUCAUCUUCGCUCCCCUCCGACUAGCCACCAAAUCCGGCACCAUUCCACUUGCCACCACAGCACUUGAUUGCAUUGGCAAGCUUAUAUCAUACUCCUACUUCUCUGCCCCCGACGCCGAUGGCUCUCCAGACCAGGAUGGAGGAGCCACGCAAGCACCUCUCAUCGAGCGUGCCAUCGACACCAUCUGCGACUGCUUCCAGGGCGAAACCACCUCCGUCGAGAUCCAACUACAAAUAGUCAAAUCCCUCCUCGCUGCCGUCCUGAAUGACAAGAUCGUCGUACACGGUGCUGGGCUAUUAAAAGCAGUCCGACAAGUCUACAAUGUCUUCCUCCUUUCCAGGAACACGGCAAACCAGCAAGUCGCUCAGGGAACCCUGACCCAGAUGGUUGGAACCGUGUUCGAACGGGUCAAGACAAGGCUUCAUAUGAAGGAGGCCCGUUCGAGCCUCGGAAAGCUGAAGGAUAGUACCAGCAACCUCACUGUCGACCCACUCGAGUAUCAGAAUGGCCAGGUCACAAAUGGCGACGGCGACGAUCCGGGAGAGGCGCAUUCGGAUGCUACUCCUUCUGAAACUGCAGCUAGUGGGGCCGGCAAGCUCACCCUCAAAGACCUGGAGCACAGGAAAAGCUUCGAUGACUCGAACUUGGGCGACGGCCCAACCAUGGUUACCCAGCUGAAGCCGUUGAAGAAACCAACGAGGUCGAUCUCCGAGCAGACCCUGCCCGAAAAUGGCCAAGACGAGACGUCCGAUGCGCUCGAUGCUGAGGAUGAAGUGUACAUCCGAGACGCUUACCUUGUCUUUCGGUCCUUCUGCAACCUUUCCACCAAAGUCCUCCCGCCAGAUCAGCUCUUCGACCUGAGAGGCCAACCAAUGCGGUCGAAGCUCAUAUCGCUCCAUCUAAUACACACCCUCCUGAGCAACAACAUCUACGUUUUUACCUCACCCCUAUGUACCAUUACCAACACCAAGAACAACGAGCCGACCAACUUCCUUCAAGCCAUCAAAUUUUACCUUUGUCUUAGCAUCACACGAAAUGGGGCCAGCUCGGUGGAUCGGGUCUUCGAGGUUUGCUGUGACAUCUUCUGGUUGAUGCUGAAGUAUAUGCGAGCCCCAUUCAAGAAAGAGAUAGAGGUCGUCAUGAACGAGAUCUAUCUAGCCCUUCUUGCUCGAAAGAAUGCGCCGCUGUCUCAGAAGAUGUAUGUUGUUGGCAUGCUUAACAGGUUUUGCGGAGACCCACGAGCGCUGGUGGAGACGUACCUGAACUACGAUUGCGACAGAAACGUGGACAACAUCUUCCAGACCAUUGUCGAGGAUCUCUCCAAGUUUGCGACCUCCCCGGUGACGAUUCACCCGAUGCAUGAGCAGCUCUACGAAGAGAGGCACUCCAGGUCAAACACUGGCAGUGACUGGCAGCUCAGGGGGGUCUUACCACCCCCCUUGUCGGUCGCACACAUAAUUCCCCACCACGAGCACGAGACCGAGAUACCCAGGGAAUAUAUGAUGAAGCGGGCUGCCUUGGACUCCCUGGUCGAGACUCUGAGGUCCCUCGUCAACUGGUCACAGCCUGGGCGGCCCGAGUCCCACGCUGCCACUCAGGAUUCCGAGAGAAGGCUGUCGGGAGAUGAGGUUAGGGAGUCGAUCGACCCGUCAGUGGGUGACAGUUUAUCACGCAUGGAUACUCCUGUUCUCCCGUCAACCCCUAUUUUAGACGACGAUCCAGAACACCUGGAGAAGGAAAAGGCUCGGAAAACUGCAAUGACCAAUGCCAUCCGUGCAUUCAACCAGAAACCCAAGAAUGGCAUCAAGCUGCUGCUGAAGGAGGGCUUCAUACCGAGCGACAAGCCCUCUGACAUUGUCGCCUUCUUGAUCAGCGAGGAGCGAUUGGACAAGGCCCAGAUCGGCGAAUAUCUUGGUGAAGGUGAAGAGAGGAACAUCGAGAUCAUGCACGCAUUCGUGGAUACCAUGGACUUCACCAAGAAACGCUUUGUAGAUUCGCUCCGUCAGUUCCUCCAGUCCUUCCGGCUACCGGGCGAGGCACAGAAGAUCGACCGUUUCAUGUUGAAGUUUGCACAUCGCUAUGUCAUGGGCAAUCCCAAUGCGUUUGCAAAUGCCGACACGGCAUAUGUUCUGGCAUAUUCCGUCAUCCUCUUGAAUACCGACCUGCACAGCAGCAAGGUUGCAAACCGCAUGACCAGAGAGGACUUUAUCAAGAACAACCGAGGCAUCAACGACAAUGCGGAUCUCCCCGAGGAGUACCUCACCACCAUCUACGAGGAGAUCCAGGGCAACGAAAUUGUCCUCAACAGUGAACGGCAGGCUGCAGCUGCUGCAGGCUCCCUGCCGCCACAGGCAACCGGUCUCGCGGCUGGUCUCGGCCAGGCAUUUUCCAAUGUCGGCAGGGAUUUGCAACGGGAAGCCUACGUUCAGCAGUCUGAAGAGAUAUCCCUCCGUUCAGAACAGCUGUUCAAGAACCUGUUCCGCAGCCAGCGUCGAAAUGCCGAGAAGGCGGGUGCAAAAUUCAUUCCGGCCAACUCCUUCAAGCACGUCGGCCCCAUGUUUGACGUAACUUGGAUGUCCUUCUUCUCUGCGCUGUCGAGUCAGAUGCAGAAGACGCAGAACUUGGAGGUCAACAAAUUGUGUCUCGAAGGAAUGAAGCUGGCUACAAAGAUUGCGUGCCUGUUCGGCCUUGCCACUCCUAGGGAGGCCUUCAUCUCUGCGCUCAGAAACACGGCGAACCUCAACAAUCCGCAGGAAAUGCAGGCUAAGAACGUCGAGGCUCUCAAGGUGAUCCUCGAGCUCGGGCAGACGGAGGGCGACCUUCUGAAGGAGUCAUGGAAGGACAUCUUGAUGUGCAUCAGUCAGCUGGACCGGUUGCAACUGAUCUCGGGCGGUGUGGACGAGAGCGUGGUGCCCGACGUUUCCAAGGCCCGAUUCGUACCACCGGCGAGGGGAGAUACAGGCGAGUCCCGGAAGUCUUCCCACUCGGUAAGGAGGCAUCGGCCACGCUCAACUACGGGCCCCCAAGGAGUCUCGGUGGAAAUUGCGCUCGAGAGCAGGUCCGACGAGGUCAUCAAGAGCGUGGACCGCAUAUUCACCAACACGGCGAACCUCUCGGGCGAGGCAAUCGUGCACUUUGCGCGCGCCCUGACGGACGUGAGCUGGGACGAGAUCAAGGUCUCAGGCUCCAACGACUCGCCUCGCACCUACAGCUUGCAGAAGAUCGUCGAGAUCAGCUACUACAACAUGACGCGUGUCCGGUUUGAGUGGACCAACAUCUGGGAUGUACUGGGAGACCACUUCAACCGAGUGGGAUGCCACAGCAACACGGCAAUCGUAUUCUUCGCCCUCGACUCGCUCCGGCAACUGUCGAUUCGGUUUAUGGAGCUGGAGGAGCUAUCCGGGUUCAAGUUCCAGAAAGACUUCCUCAAGCCGUUCGAGCACGUCAUGUCCAACUCGAACAACAUCACGGUGAAGGACAUGGUCUUGCGGUGUCUCAUCCAGAUGAUUCAAGCCAAAGGAGAGAACAUCAGGUCCGGGUGGAGGACAAUGUUUGGCGUUUUCACUGUCGCUGCAAGAGAGCCAUACGAGAGCAUCGUCAACCUGGCUUACGAGAAUGUCACGCUGGUUUACAAGACGCGCUUUGGGGUCGUCAUAUCCCAAGGAGCCUUCACAGACCUCAUCGUGUGCCUGACCGAGUUCUCGAAGAACAUGAAAUUCCAGAAGAAGAGCCUGCAGGCUAUGGAGGCUUUGAAGUCGGUCAUCCCAAGGAUGCUCAAGACACCUGAGUGCCCAUUGUCUCAGAAGGGCGGCUCAGCCCCGGACGCCGCCGAGGCCAACGUGACGUCUCCAGGCCCCCAGAGCCGCACCUCGGUGGAAGAGGGCUUCUGGUUCCCGGUCCUGUUCGCCUUCCACGAUGUCUUGAUGACUGGAGAGGAUCUCGAGGUCCGAUCUAACGCGCUCAACUACUUCUUCGAAACCCUACUGAAAUACGGGGGCGAUUUCCCCCCAGAUUUCUGGGACAUCCUCUGGAGGCAACAGCUCUAUCCGAUCUUCAUGGUUCUCCGAUCACGGCCUGAGAUGAGCAACGUCCUGAAUCACGAGGAGCUUUCGGUCUGGCUGUCGACAACCAUGAUCCAGGCGCUUCGCAAUAUGAUCACGCUCUUCACCCAUUAUUUCGACGCACUCGAGUACAUGCUCGAUAGGUUCCUCGAGCUGCUUGCCCUGUGCAUCUGCCAGGAGAACGACACGAUUGCGCGGAUAGGCAGCAACUGCCUCCAGCAGCUGAUCUUGCAGAACGUGACCAAGUUCGCCCCGGAGCACUGGUCCAAGAUCGUUGGCGCGUUUUGCGAACUCUUCGAGAGGACCACCGCCUACCAGUUGUUUUCGGCGACGACCAUCAACUCUACCGCAUCCUUGUCCGCCCCGCCAAAUGGACUUGAAUUCUCGGGGCCCCUCAGCCCGACCACAGUAGAGGCCAUCUCUGUCGACGAGAAGUCGCUCAGAAUCAAUGGCACGGAGAAGAACGGCUAUGCCUCUGAAUCCGAGCCAUCGGUACUGCAAUCCCCGGGUGCCGAUGAUGACGCCCUUGCUAGUACGCCCACGGCAACCACGAACUCGACCGGCCUAACUUCGAUAUCUCAGCUGCCUGUCUCUCCACAGCUUGAAGAGUUCAAACCAAACAAUCCCCUUCAGCAGCAACCCGUUGUGGUAACUGCCGCCCGACGGCGGUUCUUCAACCGUAUUAUUUCCCGUUGUGUUUUGCAACUUCUGAUGAUCGAGACUGUCAACGAACUUUUCAGCAACGAGGCCGUGUACGCUCAAAUCCCGUCGUCGGAGCUUUUACGUCUGAUGGCGCUCCUCAAGAAGUCGUAUCUCUUUGCAAAACGCUUCAAUGGUGAUAAGGAGUUGCGAAUGCGUCUCUGGCGCGAAGGCUUCAUGAAGCAGCCGCCCAAUCUCCUGAAGCAGGAGUCGGGCAGCGCGGCGACAUACGUGGCGAUCCUUUUCAAAAUGUUCGCCGACACAUCCCCCGACCGCCAACGUAGCAAGGGCGACGUGGAGAACGCGCUGUUGCCUCUCUGCCAAGACAUCAUUGGCAACUACAUCGCCCUAGAGGAAGAGAGCCAGCAUCGCAACAUCGUCGCCUGGCGGCCGGUAGUCGUGGACGUGUUGGAGGGCUACGCCGCGUUCCCGCGUGAGGCGUUCUCGAGCCACAUCAAGAGCUUCUACCCGCUCGUCGUUGAGCUGCUCGGGAAGGAGCUGAGCGGCGAGCUCCGGGGGGCACUGCUCCUCGUGUUGAGGAGGGUCGGCGAGGUCGGCCUCGACAUCGAGGGCAUGAGCUCCAGUGGUGCGCCGGCAAAGGGGAGUAUAGAUGCCGGCCGCAGAAGCAGCGUGCUGUCCGCCAUGUCGACCGAGGCGGCAUUGACGCACAGCAUGGACAAUGCGAGUGACGAUGCGUCGAAUCGGUUCCUCGGGAGAUAGGGAGUCGCAUGUAGGCAAACCCGGGUUUGGGGGGGUAUCUUGCGGUCCCAAACAAUGUUAUAGAUAGGGGCUCCUUUUUCGGGAUAUAGGGCCCGUGCGCGCGCCUUGGUUCUCGAUGACUGGGUCUCGAGUGCUUGAGGCGAACUUCGCUUCUCUCUGUUGCAUGGUGUAUGGUGUGAAAGAACGGGUUAGAGCCACUUUAUGUUAUGGAUGUUGUGUGAAUAUAUGCCCAUUCCAUCUACCUGAUAUCAGUCCACAGGCUCUGAGACGUUGAAAAUGUGAAAUGCCAGUGAGUUUAGCACUGUUGACAGGAAUCUAGUAGGAGAGGG